CCGGCUCCUCCCGGAUGUGGCGGCGUCGACGGCGGCUCACAGCUGCUGUCCGGCGAGGGUGAGCGGGGUGGCGGCCCCUCUCCCCUGCUUCUUCCUCUGCGGGUGGUGAUCUGCCGGUUGUUGUCGGUUGCUCGUCGCGGCGGGCGUCGGCUCCUGCCGGCGGUGAGGUUGGUGGUCCUACGUGGUGUGGCGUCGUCGCCGCGUGGGAGGUGCUUGUGCCAGUGGUUCGCAGGCCGGCGGCGUUGUGGGUCUCCCUCAUCUCCGUUCGGCAACGUGGGAGUGCGGAGGUUCGGCUGCUCCGAGCGAAAGCUGAUGGCGCGGCAGCUGCGGAUGUCGCUAUCCUCUUGGGGGCCUUCAUGGAGCCUUCGACCUCCUCCGCUCCCGGAGCUUAGUUCUUCGGGUGAAAGCCUAGGCCGUGGCAGGGCCGGAUGACGGCGUCGAUCCACGUCGCUUCCCUCUUGGGGGCGUCGUCUUGAAGACUUUGUUCCCCAGCGUGCUUUCCUGAGGCUGGACUUGUACGACAUCUCGGCGGGUGGCCGGUGAUGUGUGAGGUCAGUGUGGUGGCUUGUGUGGCAACGAUGGCGGUGGUGAGCGAUGAUUUGGUAGCGUCAAGACCUUGGCUUCAGCGAGCGUCCGAGCUUCUUCGUCUUGUGUUUCGCUUGCGGUGGAGUCGGAGCUGCUAUGGUUUGUCGAGUUUCUUCAUUUGAGCAGCGUACGAUGACCUGCUGGGUGGCCCUCUGGCGAUGAUCUUCCUCGUCGCAUGUCUUGCGCUUAUCCUCUUCGGAGCUUGUCAUCAGAGUCGGAGCUGCCUGUUGCUUCACGAGGAGUCGCUUGUUUGGCGGUGGCCGGCUUGAGCUUCACGGUGCCGCUUCGGCGGGGUCUUGGUGGUUGGUUCUUCGGUGAAGUCGGAGUCGCUGAAGAGUGAUGACGAUGACGUUGAAGGUCAACCGCGACGACUUCUCGCUUCGGAGGCCUGUGUAUCUUGUGUGGGUUGCCAGGGUGGCUCUGUGCCCCCGCGGCGGUCGUGCUCCAUGACGAGCGUUGGGGCACUUGUUUCGGUUUUCGGCCGGUUUUCCGUUAAUAAACCGGCCAAAUUCUGUACUUCUUCUCUAUUAAUGGAAAUGGCAAGUCUUUUGCCUCGUUUCAAAAAAGAAAAAGAUGAGGGCGGCCACUGGUUCUCAACAGUUGUCGACGUGGUGGGAACGGGGUCCCCACACCGGUGAAUGCAUGAGCAUUGAGAACAAGCAAUUGCGUAUGUGCUUGCCCUAUGCCAUAGCGCUCCACAAUAGCGAUUUGCACCGUGUUGUUCGUUUUGAUUCGUCGAAGGGCUGCCUCGACGCUUCUUUCCUCUGGUGCCUUUUGGUUAAAUGCAGCUGAGCAAGAUUACAUUUUCUCUACUACCCUCUACACACUGCCCAUGGGCCAGAGCAUUUUGUGGACCGGUCUGUCAUUGCAUCGCUUGGGUACGAUUUAUUGUGCCUACCAUGUGUUGCGGUCUGUGUGGCAGAAGGGUGGGUGCCUGCUAUACAGACCCGUCCCAUCCCAUGGCCCAUCUGUCAUGCUCAGAGUAUGUCUCUUUUUGGUAGCUGUAAUUUCCUUGAGGCCAAUCGCGCGGCGAGAGAAAACGUGUUCGCUUCCCCUAUUCAUUAUUGGACGGCCUGACGCCUGCUCUACAUCGAGCCCCACGCCUAUCUCUCUCACUUUCUCUCCCGUCAUCUCCUCUCAAGUCUCAAGUCUCAAUCGCACUGGACGCUGCGGUUGCUCAACUCCAUCGGGCGACCUCUCUUCCCCAACUCCGUCGUGGCAGCCGACCACUUUCUUUAUAUUCCCCCGCCGGCUUUAGUCUCUCGCGCUCGUCUAUUUCCCAACGCGCCGCCGCAUCUUCCCUCCGCCUGAAGUUCUAGCUGCCCCCAACACCGACCUACUGCGGCCCAGUUCCACUCGAGGGUGUCGCCCAUCCGAGACGCCGUCCAGACCUGCCUAGGCCCGAGCAACUCCUUCGUCCCCGGCAUUCUUCGUCACGUGCGGAGGCCGGGCUUUGCCUCCUCGUACCUCACCUCUCUAGCUCCACGCGUUCCCCCACCACAAGAGAGGAAGGAGAUGUCAAAACAGGAUAUAUGGGCAAGAUUGAAGAAAAGAAGAGGCUCCAUUGCCUCCAUCCACGACCCUCUUCGCCGUGUGCGCCAACUGGUAUGGCUCUGCUUCCUCCUGGGCAGCUCUCCACCCUUCCUUCAGCAGACCAUCACUUCUCUUGCAGAAUCUUUUUAACUAUGCAUGCAAGAUGUUCGAUGAAAAUUCAAUCAGUCUAUAGGAUUCACCGAAGAAACAAUCAUGGUAACCGAUCCGAGAGACUCGCUGAUUUCGACUUGCCGGGGCGUGUGUCGGUUGGCUUGACUAUGAUGCCUGCAUUAUAGGGAUUUCUGGAAUUCUCUUCAUGUCAGAUUCAAAGUCGAGAUGAGUGGAUGACCUUAAGCUAAAUGGGGCUGACACUUGUCUUUUUCUAUCUCUUGUGAAUCAGACUGUAGGAACAACUAAAAGAUUGAAUUGUAGUUCUCGGAGGGAUAUUUGUAUGAGCAGCGUCUUUCCCAUUGCAGGUACCUGUGUGGUCUCUUGAUACAGAUGAUGUACGAAUUGGCACCAGUGGUCUUCUGGGGUUGGGGCACUGAGUGCAUGUUCUCUGACGAGGUGAUGCCCUGAUGCGGGAGGUGUCUUCCACACCAAGACCAACAAGUCCCUCAAGUGGACCAAUGACGCGAGCUCGAGUUAAAGCUCUACAUGAUGAGGUGAACUCGCUCCUCGCCACCCUUGAUCUUGUCACACUUUUGGAUGGAAUACUACCUCAUGCCAAUGUGCUAUGUGUCAUUAGGUACAAGGUGCAUCAAGACCCCGGAGAGGAGGACACGCCAAAGUCAAGGGAAGGAGAGGAGCAGCGGGACAUGGAGAUGAUCACGAAGCUGGACACAACGUCGCUCGAAGCGCUCAAAGGAAGGGAAGAAGUGCUGGCCGGUCCAGGACCCGGUCAGACCGGCCCCACAACCGGGCCAUCCGGUCCCAGGCCCGGUCAACCGGGCGGCAACCGGAUUUCCCUGCAUCGUACCGGAAGGCAACCGGAAACUUCGCAAGAAUCCGGUUGGCGCCCGGUCGACCGGACCCAGGACCGGACCACCCGGUCAUAGGCCCGGUCAGACCGGAUCCCAAAUCGGAUUUGACGGGAAUGACUCACCAAACUGCCUAAAUUAUCCAUUCGCGUACAUUUUCGCCUUGCUGGCCAUGUAUGCCUAUAUAAGUAGCCUGGACCCCUCCUUUACCCCUCAGACUUGUUUUGAACUCAAACAUAACUUUGAGCUUAGUCUCCCUAGGGUUAUCAUCCCUCUGUAAUCAAGGCAUCCUGGUUGUUGAUUUGGAUAUUGUUGAGUGAGAUUCUAGUACAAGCUACUCUCUCUCCCUCAUCAAUCUCUUCUUCUCCAACCCCAAUCUCUCUCCGGGAAUUCUGCCGCGUGCCUCUUCCAGGAGAUUCUAUUGGCGUGGUCCAUCGAGCCACGGGGGUAAGUAUCGGGUGUAUCGGGUUGGUGUGCGUGCGUGAGUACCGGCGUUCUUCGUGUUCUUCGUGUUCCUCGCGUUCUCCCACCUCUUCCCUUGGUCUUCGGGGUCAAAUCGCGAGAUCGGGCCACUCCCGGGAUCUUAGAUCUCAUCAUAUGGUAUCAGCAGCUCUUGGUUACCGCGAUUUUGACCCUCCACCCACCCGAUUUCGUUUCUAGAAAAUUUUCCACAAAAUCCCUAAAAAUAGCCCUAAAGUGCCUCUUGACCGAUCUGUGAUUUGGUUGCGUUUUGAGUGGUUUUGGUCCGUGGAUUCGGUGUUGUUGUGCUUGAUCUACUAUUUCCCCACCUUUUAGCCUCCAAUUCCAUCGUUUCCCGUCGAUUUGCUCUUUUGGUUUUGGUUUGGGGAAGAACAGGAGAGAGAAUCGUGAAACCCGGUCAACCGGACCCCAGACCGGACCAGCCGGCCCAGCACCCGGUCAACCGGGCGGCAACCGGAUCACCCGGUCCACAGUCCGGUCCAACCGGUCCCAGACCGGGCGUAACUCCGCGCCCUUCUCCGAGCUCGAUUUUCGGCUACCACCACCACCACCACCAUCAUCGCAGGUAUAACUUGUAGUUUUCCCUUGUAACCCUCUUCCUUUUGCGAUCUAUCCUAUCGAGCAUUACUUGUUUAGUGUUGCGAGACAUUGCACGUGGCCCCGCAUUGUGAGGUGUGUGUGUCGUGUUGAGUAAAGCAUCCAAGCAAACACUCGUGUGGCAAGAUAGCAAAAGCGAGGCUAACGCCAACAUAGUGCGUGGAAAAAGCCCCAAAAACACAAAAAGAGUGCAAGUAGCACCAUACAUCCAUACAUCCAUACAUCCAUAUAUCCAUACAUACAAAAGGGUGCAAGUGCCACCAAAGAUACAAAAGAGUGUGAGUGCCACCGUGUACAAAAGAGUCAUAAGCUUUUAAGCAAAAGAGAGAUAAGAGAAGAGAGGCCGCGUGUGAAUCUUGUUGUCUCUUCCUUUGCAACCAAAGCUUUGGCUCUCCUUGUGUUAGUGUGACACCGAGCACCUUUACAUACACUUUUCCGCUCACUUUUGGUUGCACUAACCCCGCUUAUCCCGUGUGUGUGUGUUCCACAACUUUUCCGUGUUUAUAGUGAUCUUCAAAUUGACAUUUGGAUUUUUGGACCUCACCCACUUUUAACAACAUACUUGAUCUUGGAUUUAUCUUUUGGCUUUCCACAACACUUGCCUAACACCAUAUUUGCUAGCUUUUGCGUGUGGUUUUGCGUGUGUUCCCGAUACACUUGAUCUUGCUUUUGGCUUGGUUGAUUGCCUCAAUACUAUCUUACCUUGGUAAGAGUACGAGGUAGUCUCCUUCCACUAACAUACACAACAUAGUUCUUGUCUUGCCAUCAUGGAUAGGAAUGGAGAUGACUCAAGGGAUGGAGAAGUCCUCCGCAACACCGAGAGGUUGGCUACUCAACACAACCUAUGGACACAACGCCAAGAGUUCAAGGAGCAACUCGCCCUCUUCGAGACGCGCAUCGAUGAGCAAUACGAUGAAGUGGCUCACAACUUCUCCGCCGUGAACCAAGACUUGGCUCUUCUUCGUGAAGCUACGGACAACUUGAAUGGCCAAAUGGCGGCCAAUGAUGCAAACAUGGAGCGGCGCAUGGAUAGCCUCGAGCGCGCCAUCACCAAAUUGGGUCGCCAUCGCCGACACCGCUCUACUUCAUCAUCAUCAAGCUCGCUACAAGAUUACUACUCUCAUGGUGGCCUUUCGUCCUCAAGCUCUUCCUCAAGGCAUGAAGACCAUCAUCGACCUCAUCACCCACAUGCUCGUCAUGAAGACUCUCGCUCCAACUCUAGGUGUGGAGAAAUACAUCGCCAUGCUUGCCCACUUGAGCGUCCUCCACAAGACCAAGUCCUACAACAAGAUCGUCACCAAGCGGAUCGCCAUGCCCACCAUGGGCGUGACGACCAACCCCAAGACCAAGGUCCUCAAGAUCCACCUCGAAGAGAUCUCCGACGCCAUCCUCGCCAAGAUCAACGUGGAAGAGGAGACCCACAACAUGAUCAAGAUGAAAGGGCCAACAAUGAGCAUCGUCAACACCCUCGACAAGAUCUUCAACAACAUCACCGUGAACCAAGUGAAGCUAGUGUCCACCUUCAACGUCAACCCAAUGCUAUGGUUGGCCGUAGAAGACCUCCUAUGCCUCCUCAAGCCGCAAGAGAUGAAGGCGCCCCUCCUCGUCGAAGAAACUUGGAGGAUGAAGAAAACAUGUUUGGAAGGCUCAAGUUCACCAUGCCAAAGUUCAAGGGUGAAGAAGAUGCCGAGGCUUACCUCUCAUGGGCACUCAAGGUUGACAAGAUAUUCCGCAUCCACAACUACUCCGGUGCCAAGAAGGUGGCUAUGGCGUCUCUUGAGUUUGAAGAUUAUGCCAACACUUGGUGGGAGCAAGUCCUCACUCUUAGGGAAGAAAAGGGUGAACCUCCAAUUGACACUUGGGAAGAGAUGAAGAAAGAGAUGCAUGCUCGCUUUGUCCCAACGCACUACAUGACCGACCUCUUCAACAAGCUACAACAAUUGAAGCAACGAACCAAGACCGUUGAGGAGUUCUUCAAGGAGAUGGAGCUCACGAUGAUGCGAGCCAACAUCCAAGAGUCCGAGGAACAAACCAUUGCUCGUUUCUUCAAUGGCCUCAACUACCCCAUCAAGAGAAUUGUGGAGUUCCAACCAUACUCUAACUUGGUUGAGUUGGUCCACCAAGCAUCCAAGGCCGAGCGCCAAGUGAUUGAGGACAUCAAGUACUCCAAGCCCAAGACGUACUUCGCCUCCAAGCUCGCGACCUCAACUCCUCCUACUACAAGUGUCAAGCCCGACGCGUCCUCUACAUCAUCCAAGAAACCGACUAUCCAAAGUCGCAUGAAGCAAACGGUGUUCUCCACCGCCUCCUCUAAGGCAUCCACGGGACCCUCUAAUGUCACUUGCUUCAAGUGUGGCACCCAAGGCCACAAAUCGUUUUAGUGCAAGAACACCAAGGUUAUGAUCACUAUGGAGAAUGGUGACAUUGAGACGCUAGAUGAGGAUGAAUACGAGGCCCUUGUGCAAGCCGCCGUGGAACGUGAAGAAGCUUAUGAGGAAGAAAGUGGAGAAGACCCUCUCUUAUGUGAGCAUGACCCAAGUCCCUCACUUGUGGUCACAAGGGUGCUAACUACUCAACCUCAAGCUAUGGAAGACCAACAGUGCAACAUCUUCCAAACCCGUGCCGGAAUUGGUGGCAAAUCGAUCAAGGUCAUCAUCGAUGGUGGAAGUUGCCAUAACCUUGCAAGCACCAAGUUGUGUGAGAAGCUCAACCUCACUCUCCGCAAGCAUCCUCACCCUUACCAUAUCCAAUGGUUGAGUGACAAGGGCAACGUCAAGAUACAACAUACCGUCACCGUCACCUUCAAGAUUGGACCUUAUGAGGAUACUAUUGAGUGUGACGUGGUACCCAUGACGGUGUGCCACAUGUUGCUUGGCCGCCCUUGGCAAUAUGACAAGAAGGCUAUACAUGAUGGACUCUCCAACACAUACACCUUCAAGGUCAACGACAAGAAGUUCGAGUUGCGCCCGAUGACUCCUAGCCAAAUCAUCGCGGACAAUGCGAAGGCUUUAGCGAGGGCACAACUCCGCACCCACCAUAGUGACAUGAGAGGAGAGGGAGCGACCCACCACAAGGAUAGUGAGCGCCACAAGCCAUAUAUGAGUGAGUCAAAGAGUGUCCUACUAGCCACCAAGAGUGAGUGGAGAGAGGUCCAAGAGAACCCAUCCACCAUACUGCACUAUGUGCUCAUAUGCAAGGGACCAUCGUCGGCGACUAACGACUUAACCAACAUUCCUCCAUCUUUGUUGUCUCUUUUGCAGGAGUUUCAAGACGUCUUCCCCGACGAGCUCCCUCAUGGACUACCACCACUUCGAGGCAUAGAACACCGCAUCAACCUCAUACCCGGUGCUCCGCUUCCAAACUGUGCCGCCUACCGCACCAACCCCGAAGACACAAAGGAGAUACAACGCCAAAUACAAGAUCUCCUCGCCAAAGGGUACGUUCGCGAAAGCCUUAGCCCUUGUGCGGUUCCCGUGAUUCUUGUGCCUAAACCGGAUGAGACGCAACGGAUGUGUAUGGAUUGUCGCCCCAUCAAUGCCAUUACCGUCCGUUACCGCCAUCCCAUUCCGCGUUUAGAUGACAUGCUUGAUGAGUUAAGUGGUGCCACGAUUUUCUCUAAAGUCGAUUUGCGUAGUGGCUACCACCAAAUUCGCAUGGCCAUUGGUGAUGAAUGGAAAACGGCAUUCAAGACCAAGCUUGGUCUCUAUGAAUGACUCGUUAUGCCUUUUGGUCUUUCCAAUGCUCCAUCCACUUUCAUGCGUCUUAUGAAUCACAUCUUGCGUCCUCUAAUUGGCAAGAGUGUGGUUGUCUAUUUCGAUGAUAUUCUCAUUUAUAGCAAAAAUCUCGAGGACCAUGUGCAACAUGUGAGAGAGGUCUUAUGCAUCUUGCGCCAUGAAAAGCUUUAUGCUAAUCUCCCCAAGUGCACCUUUGCUCAAAACAAAUUGGUUUUCCUUGGCUUUGUGGUUUUCGCUAGUGGGAUUGAAGUUGAUUCUUCCAAGGUGGAGGCCAUCCACAAUUGGCCCACUCCUACCAAUGUUGGUCAAGUCCGAAGUUUUCAUGGACUUGCCGGUUUCUACCGCCGCUUUGUGAAUUUUUUUUA